AUGCUGUGGAUCCCAAGUCCCACGUUUGCCACCAGUGUGCAGGAUGUAAGGACCUUCGCUUGGCUCCUUCUCCAGUGCAGGCUCACGGGCUACGUGCUGCUGGGGCUGGAGACCCUACUGGUGGGAGGGCUGCCCCUGCCCUGUCCCCCUCCUUGCCAGUGCUACGACACCUCCAAGGUCUUCUGUUCAGACGAAAGGCUGCGAGAGAUCCCGGCAGGGCUGCCAGGGAAUGCCACUCAGCUCUUCUUCGUGGAGACAGCCCUGAGCAGCAUCCGCAGCGGGGCGCUGGGCUUCAGCACCACCCUCACUAAGCUGGUCUUCCUCAACAGCGACAUCCAGGAGCUGGAGCCCGCUGCUUUUGGAGGGCUGCCCAACCUCAUCGAGCUGGAGGUGUCGGGCAACCCCUUGCCAGCAGUCAGCCCGGAGCUGCUGGUGGGGCUGCCGAACCUCAGCAAGCUCUCACUGGGUGCCAACACCAUCCGCUCCCUGCAGCCAGGGCUCUUUGCUAGCGCCCAGCACCUGCGGGACCUGUGCUUGCGGGGGAACGUGAUUGAGUCCCUGCUCCCCAGCAUCUUCCGCCCCCUCCGGCGCCUCCAGACGCUGGACCUCUCCCAGAAUGUGCUGGCUGAGCUGCCGGCUGGGCUGCUGGCCCCCCUGACUGCCCUGCACCUCCUCAAGCUCAGCGACAACCUGCUGACACGCGUAUCCCCCGCUGCCUUCAGGACCCUGGGCAGGCUGGCGGAGCUUCACCUGGACGGGAACCGUCUGGAGGGGCUGCCCGACGGCAUCUUCAGCGGGCUGGGGGCGCUGCGGCGCCUGCAGCUGCAGCACAACGCCCUGCGCAGCCUGGCCCCUGACACCUUUGCCAACCUACACAACCUCACCACCCUCAGCCUGGAGGGCAACCACCUGGCUGCUCUGCCCACCGCCCUCUUUGCUGGGACCCCACACCUCCUCCAUCUUUCGCUGGCUCGCAACCAGCUGGGUGUGCUGCCCCGGGGGCUCUUUGCCAACCUGUCUGCGCUGCAGACCCUGGUGCUCUCCCACAACAGCAUGGUUCACCUUCCCACUGGGGUUUUCCAGGGGCUGAUGGGGCUGGUGACGCUGCAGCUGAGCCACAACAAUCUUUCCAGCCUGCCUGCUGGGUUGCUGGCCGGGCUGCCCCUCCUCACUGCCUUGGCACUGGACCACAACCACCUGUCCCACCUGCCCCCAAAGCUCUUUGAUGACAAUUUGGAUCUGGCACAAGUGGGGCUGGCUCACAACCCCUGGGCCUGUGACUGCCACCUCGUCUAUCUGCUGGGCUGGCUUCAGAGCGUUGCUGAGCCCCUCACCCAUGCACGAGCUUCCUGCGCCAGCCCAGCCCCUCUCCAGGGACAGUCCCUGCUGGAGGUCCCCCAGGGGCGGCUGGAGUGCCCAGGAUCACCCCCUGUCCCCACAGAGGAGGGCUGGAACAGGGAGCCAGGUGAUUCUUGCACUUACAGCAACCCUGAGGGCACUGUAAGCGUGGCCUGCAGUGCCACAAGCUGCCAGCAGCUCAGCCUUCACCUCCCCUCAGCUCCGGGGCAGGCAGUGGGGCCUGGGCUGGCAUACCAGGGCACCUGGGUGCUGCACUCCCACUGUGGCACACUGCAGGUCAGCAUCCUCAUCACGCCACAGAUGAGGGAUGAGGCCACGUCGCCAGGUCUCCCCACCAUGCCCUAGAGCUGGGGGAGGCAGCUGCUUGCGCUCUGCUCUUGCA